UGCAGUUCCUCUCAGCAUUCACUGCUGGAGGUGCUGAGGCGUGCUGUGUGCUCCGACUACUGAUCUGCCUUGUGCUUCACAUAUUCGUUUACAGGGACCACUGGGGUUUUUGUUUUUGUUUUUUAAGGAUUUAGUCCACAUAAGGACGAUAUUUUUUUAUUUGACAGGCAUCAUGUUUAGGAAAAAGGACGAGUUUAUGUGCAGUAUGGAGUGACUGAGAGCAGGAACCGGUCUGGCUGGAAGAGGAAAGAUGGCGUUUUAACCUGUGCAUGGAGGAGAAUGCAAAUGUAAAAGAAACAAUCUCUGUACCGGGACAUUAAAGGUGUGCAACCGAGGACUACGGACUUUAUAAGAACAUUUCUACCACGUCUGCCUUGAGCAUCUUCUCAUGACCGCCACAUCCAGAGUCGAAAGCUGUUAAGACUACUGCUACUGCUGAACAGCUCCGACUGAACCAUUCCCACCAGGUACUAUCAGAGGACGGCCAAAAGAAAUGGGGAACAGCUUUUCCAACAUAUCCGCCUUCCAGUCCCUCCACAUUGUGAUGCUGGGGCUGGACUCGGCAGGCAAGACGACUGUCCUCUACAGGCUGAAGUUCAAUGAGUUUGUGAACACUGUACCCACGAUCGGCUUCAACACCGAGAAGAUCAAGCUGAGCAACGGUGCCGCGAAGGGCAUCAGCUGCCAUUUCUGGGAUGUCGGUGGCCAAGAGAAGCUCCGUCCACUCUGGAAGUCGUACAGCCGCUGCACAGACGGCAUCAUCUACGUGGUGGACUCGGUGGACGUAGACCGGCUCGAGGAGGCCAAGACCGAGCUGCACAAGGUUACCAAAUUUGCUGAGAACCAAGGAACGCCGCUGCUGGUCAUCGCCAAUAAGCAGGACCUGCCCAGGUCUCUGCCCGUAGCUGAUAUAGAGAAGCAGCUGGCGCUCAAUGAGUUGACCCCAUCCACCGCGUACCACGUUCAGCCGGCUUGUGCCAUCAUCGGCGAAGGGCUUCACGAAGGUAUGGACAAACUGUACGAGAUGAUCGUGAAGAGACGAAAAGCCCUAAAGCAGAAAAAGAAGCGAUAACCCAUGUUCGCUUCAAGGAUCUUUUCCCCCUCAUUCAUGCCUUCCUGCAAGCCUGGGGCCCAUCGUCAUGUGCCAACGCAAGGAUGCACCGCUUGGAUUAUUGAUUGAUUUGGGCAGUUUGUUUGCUUUCAGUUGGAUUUAUGUUGAACUUUUGCAGACACUGUAUGGCUUGCUUGGUGGUUUCGAACCACAGUGAACUUACAGGAAAAAAAAAAGACUUGAAAAUUGACUUGACUUAUUACAAUGAAAAAGGGCUGGUUCCCUUUUCUGCUGCUGUUGACUUACUGUGCAAGUAGCCUCGUCGUCAUACUGAAGGAGCUCUCUACUUUAGCACUGUGAAGAAUUACGCUACCGUUUUGGUUCGUGGAAUGCUUGAUUUUUCUCUCUGACGACCGGCUCGAAGCAUUACUGUGUGUAUCACAAUAAUAAUGUUGCCUAAAUCCUUUACAAGUAACUCUAUUUUGGAUUGGUUCUGACCGUGUGAGGCUGAAGGUUAACCGUUCAAGCCUGCAUAAGAGAGAGAUAACGUUUGGUACGUAAAGUCAUGGACUUGGUGUACACCUCCAGGCUUAUGAAGACAGUAAAGAACAUGAUGUGUGGUGGACGGUGCUUACCAUUUAUGUGCUUGCAACCUCGGUCCACCACUUAGCACUUUUCCUUACCAAAACCAGUAGAGUUCAACACUGUAUUGCAAAACUCAAGAUUAUUGUAUUACACAGUCAAAAGAUGAAUUCUGAAGUAUUUUUCAAUUAAAAUAUUAAGAGAAAA